CGUGAUAACGAUAAGUUAAAAUCGUUUACGGUUUAAUGUGGUACACGCUGUCUAAGACUUAAACAAACUCAAUGCGGGUUGUGUAUUUAAACAAUUUAGUUGCACUCUUUAUAUUAUUGAUCUUCUGGUGGAAUUAUAUUGAUAUAUUCAAAUAUUAACGACCAAUUGCUUAUGCUCACAUUUAGAGCUAUACAAAUAACAGACAUAUUGUUUUACAAUCAAUCCGGUGUACGAAAAUUAACUUUAUUUUCAAUAAACUAUGUCAGUCACUUUACAUACUGAUGUUGGUGAUAUAAAAAUUGAAGUAUUCUGUGAAGAAUGUCCAAAAACAGCAGAAAACUUCUUAGCAUUAUGUGCCAGUGACCAAUAUAACGGAUGUUUGUUUCACCGAAACAUUAAAGGAUUCAUUGUACAAACUGGUGAUCCUACACAUACUGGUAAAGGAGGUUCGUCAAUAUGGGGUCGAAAGUUUGAAGAUGAAUUUAAAGAAAAUUUAAAACAUAAAGAACGAGGAACUGUAUCAAUGGCAAAUAAUGGGCCAAACACUAAUAGUAGUCAAUUUUUUAUUACUUAUGCAUCACAACCAAAUCUUGAUUUAAAAUACACAGUAUUUGGAAGGGUUAUUGAUGGGUUUGAAGCUUUAGAUGAAUUAGAAAAACUACCAGUGAAUUCAAAAAAUUUUAAACCGUUGAAUGAUGUGAAAAUCCAGUACAUUACAAUACAUGCAAAUCCUUUGGCAACAUAAAUGUUUAAUUGAAAAUAAUUUGUAAUUAUGAAUUAAGUUAUUUUUUUAUAUAAAAUUUGGAUAUAAAUUUAAAUAAAUAUAUUUUGUAGUUCUGUGUAUGUUGAUUUGUCUAAUCUCUUAUAAUUUUACGUUUUCAAUAGUUUAAACCUCAGUGACUGAUUAUAAAAUG